AUGUUCAACAGACAUCAGUAUCCAUUUGUUGUUCUCAACAUAAGCGUCAAUUCUGAAUGUGUUGAUAUCAAUGUAACCCCAGAUAAAAGGCAAAUUCUCCUGCAGGAAGAGAAGCUUUUACUGGCAAUAUUAAAGACCUCUCUUCUGGCUAUGUAUAGUGGCAGUGUGAAUAAACUAAAUUUAAAUAAUUCUCUGGUGGAUGCCACAGGGUGCUUCAGAAAAUUAAGUACAGAAUCAUCCAAUGGAGGUACAAAAGAGCAAAAUGUAUCAGACAAAGGGGCACUUGUUGUUUCUAAACUUAGAGAGGCCUAUUCUCUCAACCAGAAAUCAUCAUUUGGAUCACCCCAAAAAAAUCCAAAUAAAGGACAGAAAUCUUCCCCCAGUCAGAGGACACUCCAGUCCUUUAACUUUUCUACAACAGUCCAAAUAUGUGCCUUCAAAUCAUCAUCACACAUCUGUGAUAAUAACGAAGAGUCAGGAACACCAAACUCUUCUGGUGAAGGUACUCUAGUGAAAAAUGACUACGACUCUGAAAAGGGAACCAUUAGUAGCUCAGAUAGUGAGGUAGGCCUUCACACUCUUGAUAUCUCCAACCACCGUGCUACUGAAAGUCCAAAGAGUUCACUCGAAACACCAAUGAAAAUGGAGGAGAUGGAGCAAUUUGCAACUGAUGGACACCACCCUUACCAUGAAACGGAGGAGACAUUUAACCAUCCUACCCGAAAGAAGGAAAUAAACAAUGAUUCUUCUCCAGACUGUAAGCGUAUGAAAUCAGAGGCUAAAUAUACUUUAAAUACUAAAAAAUUACAAACUGAUUCCAUCGAUGUACCAGUGAAUGUUAUCAAGAAAAUGGUGCCUUUAAGUUUUUCAAUGUGUCGCCUGGCCAGGAGAAUGAAUAAAUUGAAACAACGUCAACAGAAGGAGGAUUCUGAAAUGUUCCGCAGAUUCCGAGCAAAGAUUAGGCCAGGGGAAAAUCAGGCUGCAGAAGAAGAGCUCCGAAAAGAGAUCAGCAAAGACAUGUUUGCAAAUAUGGAAAUAAUUGGCCAGUUCAAUCUGGGAUUCAUAAUAACCAAGCUGGAAUCUGACCUUUUCAUUAUUGACCAGCAUGCAACUGAUGAGAAGUACAACUUUGAGAUGUUACAGCAGAACACUGUGUUACAAGGACAAAGGCUUAUCAUACCUCAGAAACUACAUUUAACGGCAGUCAAUGAGUCUAUUCUCACGGACAAUGUGGAAAUAUUCAAGAAAAAUGGGUUUGAUUUUACCUUUGAUGAGGAUGCUCCAGUCAUGGAAAGAGUCAAAUUAGUUUCUUUGCCUACAAGUAAAAAUUGGACAUUUGGCCAACAGGACAUAGAGGAACUUAUAUUUAUGCUUAGUGACUCCCCAGGAGUAAUGUGCAGACCUUCUCGUGUUAGGCAGAUGUUUGCCUCCCGCGCAUGCAGGAAGUCUGUGAUGAUUGGGACAGCAUUAAACCUGCAUGAAAUGAAGAAACUGGUUACACACAUGGGGGAGAUUGAGCAGCCAUGGAAUUGUCCACAUGGGAGACCCACAAUAAGGCACAUUGCCAGUCUGGAUAUUAUUUCACAAGACUAA